GUUCAGUUGUGUUUUGACCGUCGAUCCGUUGACAUCACGCAGAGGCAUCGUGCUGAAGCCCGAGGGUGACUCUCCUAUUUAUUGCCCAAGUUGCGUCUCUGUGUGCGUGUGAAGAAAGGAAGAGAGACCGAGAAAGAAUUGAGGGACGCACAAAUCCUCGUUACUUUGUUGUGUUGGCCCGUAACAUCUUCUGGGGAGCCAGAAAAGUGUGAUUUUUUCCUCUUUCCUCCUAUACUGUGUUUUGAAACAACUGCGUGUGUGUGGAAGAUAUCACAAAUGGUGUGAGGCGAGGAACAAGAGAAUUUUGUGUGGAUCGUCAGAAUAGCGCGCGUAUUUUUUCCCCGUGAAAGAAGAAAGAAGUUGGUGUGUGAGGAAAAAAGUGACACAGUGACUCUCUUUUCACAAUAAUACAAAUCUUCUGGGGAGUAGCAGAAUUGGAAAAACAUCUCAGGGCGCGGGCGUCUGGAGUGACAAGUGACCAAAAUAGCCGCCAUUCAUCCCAGAAUGCUGAUGCCUGGAGCCCCAGAAGCCGACGCCGCUACAUUGGCCGCUCUGGCGGCCAAUUCCCAGGCCGCCGCGCUGGUGGCGUCCUCGACUCCAGGAGGCGCUGGCCUGGCUCCUCCUGGCUCCGCUGUAGCGGCCGCCGCGGCCGCCCUGUCGGCGCCCAAUGUCCAGCAGAAGGACACCACGUGGACGAAGCUCUUCGUCGGCGGUCUGCCUUAUCACACCACGGACAAGAGCCUGAGGGAGCACUUCUCCGUCUACGGGGAAAUUGAGGAAGCUGUCGUGAUCACGGACAGACAGACCAACAAGAGCAGAGGCUAUGGAUUUGUGAUAAUGGGUGAUCGAGGGAGCGCCGAGAGGGCGUGCAAAGAUCCAAAUCCCAUCAUUGAUGGUCGCAAGGCAAAUGUGAAUUUGGCCAUUCUUGGUGCCAAACCGCGUGGCAAUCUAGCACCAGGUGAGUUGUCCACUGCAUCAUUUGGAGGAUUUCCCUUCACUGCAGGACUUCGGGCAGGAUAUCCGGUGCUCCAGAAUCAAUUUGGGGUUCCGCCGUCUUACGUCUACGGGGCGCCGUACUUGGGCACCAGUGCCACGACUGCCGGACUAAUGCCACUUCCGGCCACGCAGCUGUCCCACGCGGCCGCCAUUGCAGCCGCCACUAGUCAGUUCUAUGAGUACCAAAACGCGGUUGCUGCCGCCGCGGCCGCUCCGUAUCCAAGUCAGUACACGGGAUUCGAGGCGUAUCCGUAUUCUGGAACUGCUGCAGCCAAUGCAGCCGCCGCCGGAUACAUUGCUCCCUACACUUAUGCCACAUUGCCACAGACAGGCGCCGCUGCAGCUGCUGCGGCGGCUGGAGGCUUUCCCGGACUAGCACCAUACCAGGGUGCUGGCCAGACGUCUCUGCAGGAGGCGCGACUUCAAUGAUUUCUGGCCCCCAAGCUCCUGGCGCCGCUCAAUAAUGAAAUUUACCAAAAAAGCACUUGAAGGCGAAUUCAUGCUCGAAAUUCGCCAAUUUACGCCAAUAAAAGGGAUUCAAUGUGAAAGGGAGGAGAGUAUAUUUUGAUGAGAGAUCACGAGGAUAGAGGAGUACUGAUUUCUAAGCAAAUAACAUAUGCUACAAAAUAUUUUAGUUACUAUUAUAUUCACUAUCGUAGUAGAGAGAAUAUGUAAUUUAUUACCAAAAGAGAAUCAUAGUUUAAUUAUCUCAGUAGUUUUUUAAGGGAGAAAAUACCAUGGAAGAAGGAGAAGAUCUUAGAGUUACGAGUAAUAAACAUGUUAGUGAUAUAGAAAUUCUAUCUUAUCUUUUAUUUAUAGACACACCGACAGACAUUUUAACGGAGGAAAGUAUAUAUAUAUAAAAUUGGUAUUCCUUUGCACAUGGCAAGAUGGCUGAGAAGUAACUCUGAAAAACUUGUUCAGUGUCAUGCAGAUUUAUUGUCAAAUUCAAAAUGAAAAAAAAAGAAUACAAUAGAGUAAAUUUUGUGGGAUUGAAGGUGAUUAAUCCGUGGUUUUGCAGAUGGCUAACCUGCAGAGUCGCUGAGAAGUCGCGCAUUAUAUUUUUAAAAAGAUAUAUAGUUCUUUAUUAAUCUAGUCAAACGUCUUUUCUAGAUUAUUUAUUUUUAUGGCAAGUCAUACAUUUGUAAAUGUACGACUUAAACCUAACAACAUCACAGUAGAGUUACAAGAAAAAAAAACGACUGAAUUCGAGUGACAAUUUCUAACACUUUGUUUUCAAGGCAAAUUACGGACAAUAGAUUCCGUCCUGAUGGAAGAGACCUUUUCUAAUGUUUUUUGCAGUACUUAAAAGGGAAGAAACAGAGAAAAUUCAUUACGGGAGAAGACAGAGAUGAAUUAGUUUUUAAGGAAAAGCAUAAGGAAUAAACAUGAUGAAAACAAGAAACAGAGAAAAAAAACCCUUCUAUUUUAUUGAAAAAGAAAAGAAAUACAAUAAAUGAAAAAAACAAUGAUGAAUAUUCUCUAGAGAUAUUAUAUUUGUUAAGUUAAUAAUUUAUUUAGAUGGAAGAAUGCAUGAAAAACAAUCAUAUCACUUAAGAUUGAGAUGAAUCUCUCAAGCGAGAUCGCGAUGAUUAGUUACUUAACAAUAUUUGACAAAGUGAAGAGAAAAUGCAGAAGCGGGAAAGGAAAAGAAAAAAACUAUGAAUUAUUGAGAAGCGUAAAUUUUACUAUUAAGAUUCUUUAGUAAUCCAAAAUACUGUAUGGAAGUGAGAGGAAGUGAAGUUCGCUCGAAGAGAAGAAAAUAAAGAAAUUAUUAAAAAUAGGAAAGAAAAGUG